AUGGAGGAAGUAGCCGAAGAUGGAAUGUGUUGGCAGGCAACAAGUUUGUCAGAUAUCUUAGAACAUCGAUUGUAUUCUUCUAGUGAUGCUAAGUCCCUCAUUCUUGAUAUAUGUAGCUCAGGGGAGAGGAAGGUUGCAAGCAGAUUUGCACUUAUGAUGAAAGUGAUAUGGAAGAAUAAAAAUAAUCUUAUUUGGCAUAAUGAGAAGGAGGAAGCAACCAAACUUGGUAGGAUUGUGUUUCAUAAUUGGAAGGAAUGGUCUAUGGCCCAAGGAGAUAAGGAAAGCGAGAAUAAUCAUCAUCACAUCACUAGCUGGAAUCCUCCAUUAGAAGGGUGGUUAAAGUGUGUAGCUUGGGAUCUUGGUACCCUAUCCAUUUUAGAAGCCGAAGCUUUGGCCCUCAAGGAGGCUAUUUGCAGAGCUAUAGCUUUGCACUUGAAAAAUGUCAUUUUCAAAAGUGACUCUCAACAGGUAGUUCAAGCUAUCCAUUCCAAUCAUAAGGUGAUUCAGAAUGUAGUUUAA